AACGAACCUUCAUGAAAAACAAGCUAUCUUACAUAAGCUCGAGCAAUCAACUUUUUGUACCCUCAAGUUGCACAAGCACCUCUACCGUGCCGCCUGAUGAGGAAGCAGAAUUUAUCGUUGCCGCCAGUGACAUGGAGGAUUCUGCUACGUCGUCGCCUGGUUUUACGCAACGAAUCUCUGGUAGUUCUGUAGUGAUCGAAGCAGCGGCAGCAACUCCUGCAACCCCACAAACAGCGAACCAAAUGCAGUCGGAGAAAGAUGGACUGGGCCUUUUACAAGCGAUUUUGAAGGAGUACAGGCAAAAAGAGCUGGC